UUUUUUUUUUUUGCAAUGUGCAAUUUUUUCUCUUAGUUGACUUUGCGUUGAGAGACGCAAAUCUACAUCAUCAUCAGCAAUAACAAGGGAAUGCAGAUUUCUUUUUUUUUGCCCACCGCACCCCCCUCCCCCCAAUCCCCUAACGUUUACAUCUGAAAAAAAAAAAAUCCUUAAACACAACACACAUUGAGGAGCAAUCCCCACGCAGGAACAUCGCAGGAGCCAUGACUCUUCUGCAGAUUUGGACCUGGAAACUGCAGCAGACAGAAUAGCCCGAGAAGACGAGGCUUCCUUUUUAUUUUUUGUCUUCCUUUUAUUUUUUUUUCGACCUUUUUUGUAUUUUUUUCUUUUUUGAACUUACUGGCACUUCUAAAAGUCUUAUUAUUUUGAGCAAGAUGUCUGAUCUUCUGGUGUUGGUUGAGGGGGUCUGUGACCUGCACGGAUUCCCUUAGUUGGGAGACAGCUGGGACACAUUAGGAGCUUUAUACAUAUAUAUUUUUCUAAAAAAACAUUUAUAUAUGUAUAUUUGCCAACUGCGAUAUUCCGGCUUGUGGUUUGGUUGUUUAUUUUAUUUUAGUUCUCCAACGGCUUUUAUUUUGGGAUCACAGGCGGUUGGAUUACUGAGACUGUAUACAAGCGUUUGUGGAAAUGUUGGGUCUUCAGGAAGAUAAAUUAUGUGGAAUUCUCUCUGCUUUGACGGCUUUGUCCUUUGUCUGCUUUGCUCAGAGCACCUCCGGAAGCACCGGAAUAUCUGUGGCCAAAAAGACGGUGGACAAACUGCUGAAGGGGUACGACAUCCGCCUGCGUCCUGACUUCGGAGGUCCACCAGUCAUAGUGGGGAUGAGCAUCAACAUCGCCAGCAUCGACUCCAUUUCUGAAGUCAACAUGGAUUACACCAUCACCAUGUACUUUCAACAAAGCUGGCGGGACAAGCGCCUGGCCUACGCCGAGCUGCCGCUCAACCUGACGCUGGACAACCGCGUGGCCGACCAGCUCUGGCUCCCGGACACCUACUUCCUCAACGACAAGAAGUCCUUCCUGCACGGCGUGACGGUGAAGAACCGCAUGAUCCGGCUGCACCCGGACGGCACCGUGCUGUACGGACUCAGAAUAACCACGACGGCGGCCUGCAUGAUGGACCUGAGGCGGUACCCCCUGGACGAACAGAACUGCACCCUGGAGAUCGAGAGCUACGGAUACACCACAGAUGACAUCGUCUUCUUCUGGCAAGGGGGCAACAGCGCUGUGACGGGGGUGGACAAGCUGGAGCUGCCCCAGUUCUCCAUCGUGGAGCUGCGGCUCGUGUCCAGGGAGGUGAUGUUCACCACAGGUGCCUAUCCAAGGCUCUCGCUGAGUUUCAGGAUCAAGAGAAACAUCGGCUACUUCAUCCUGCAGACAUACAUGCCCUCAAUCCUGAUUACCAUCCUCUCCUGGGUCUCCUUCUGGAUAAACUAUGAUGCCUCCGCUGCUCGAGUAGCCCUGGGUGUUACAACGGUGCUCACCAUGACAACCAUCAACACCCACCUGCGGGAGACCCUCCCAAAGAUCCCCUACGUGAAAGCCAUCGACGUCUACCUCAUGGGCUGCUUUGUGUUUGUGUUCCUGGCGCUGCUGGAGUACGCCUUCGUCAACUACGUGUUUUUUGGCCGGGGGCCCCAGCAACAGAAGAAGAUCAACGAGCGGCUGAACAAGGCCAACAACGAGCGUCCGCGCUACGAGGAGAAGCGCCUGAGGGAGCAGGACUCCAUUUCAGCGCCGUAUCAAAGCAACACCCUCAGGUCAUAUACACAGCGAAGAAAUCUGUAUCUCGAGGAACAAAGAAAAGUUGGGGUGGACGCGUACGGGAACAUCCUGCUCACCACACUGGAGAUGAACAACGAGGUCAUGCCGUCCGACGUGGGGAGCAGCGUCAGCGACUCCAGGAAUUCGGUCAUGUCGUUCGACAGCUCCGGGGUGCAGUUCCGCAAGCCGGUGGCGUCCCGGGACGGGUUCGGCCACCCCUCGCUCGACCGCGGGGCCAUGCGUAACCGUGCCAACUGCCGGCUACGGAGGCGGUCCUCCAAGCUGAAGCUGAAGAUCCCCAACCUGGCGGACGUCAGCACCAUUGACAAGUGGUCCCGCGUCAUUUUCCCCAUCACGUUCGGAUUCUUCAACCUAAUCUACUGGUUGUACUACGUGAAUUGAUGUGCGACUCCCUAGGAAACAUGGGCCAUAUUUUGAGAGCACAUUAAAUUGGCUUUGAUACAAUUGGAAAAUAUGUAUAUACAUAUAGAAAGAAAUACAUAUGUAUAUGCAUAUUUAUAUAAAUAUAUAUAUAUAUAUUAUAUUUAUAUAUACAGUACACAUGCGUGUGUAAAUCUAAACGACUUUUCUGAUGUAAAAAGUGUUAAAAAGAAUGACUUGAAUGUUUAAGAAUAAUUGCGAGAGAAACAUUUCAAGCCUAUGAAUUUCUUUUCCUUCUGACAAGCAAACAAACAUCCUUCUGCGGGUUUGGGACACAAGACUGCAUGAUAUUUUUUGUAAAAGAAAGAAAAUCUCGAGAAAAGAUAUUUCAAAAGCGACUGAUUGGCUUUUUAUUGAUACUGUAACUGUAAUCAGCGUACCCACUGUGGUUCACCAAUCGGAGGAGGCCGUUGUACGGGAGCCUCGGCUGAGCAAACCCCAAUCACCUGCUUCUUCUGUUCCCAUGGAAACGCACACAGAAUUCAGUGUUUCUACUUUGUACAGCGGCUUCCUCCGGGCUCUGCGUUGGUCCUGCGUUGGUUUUGCGAGCGGCACGCUUUCUUUCCCGGACAUCAGCUCUGGCCGCGCCCAUCUUGGGGGACCUCCUGUGCUGCGUCCCUCCCAGAGUCAGCUCAAAACCCUGAUUUUCCUAUCAUAAUGCUUUUGGGCGAUUUCUUGGGGUAUUUUUUAUUCCGAUUAUGAUGAUUAUUAUUUUGUCUUGAACAUGGUGUUUUCAAAGAGUGUCACUUUCACAUGCUCUGGAGUGCAUUAUUAGAUGACGAGGCACAGUUAUUCAUUUUGAUUAUUUAAAAGAACAAAAAAAAGCAUACACUGUACAUUCUGUCAUUCAGUAUCUCCACUGACAUGGUCAAACUUGUAAUUGUAUCCUUUUUUUGAACUGGUUGUAGUGUUCGACUGUAGAUAUCCACAAACUUCAUAAACCGCUUUGUGUUCUAUACGGAUAGAAAGAAAUCCACAGUGAGCUAAGUUAUUUCAUCAACCAUAUAAAGAUGUAAAAAAAAAAAAUUUGUGUAUUAAAAAAUGGGGAUUCUGCAUUGUUAUUUUCUGUUUUAAAUAUAAACUGACAUAUCAACCAAUAGUGUGAACUGCAACUGUAUGCUGUAUGCUCUCAUGGUAGAGCUGCACACACAUAAUGGCACUUAACAUCUGAUACAGUAUGCGCCCGUCCACAAUUAUUAUUAUUUUGUUAUUU